AACGCGCUUAAACUCAUUCUAAUCGUAGGUGUAUCUUCGGUUCCUAUUUUAGCUGUACUUAUCCAUCUAUGAUUAAGACAGCUCAUAGUGUUUCAAAUCUGAAUUCCAACUUGGAGUUGAGUCCGUCUGUGAUUAAACGCACACAGAGUUCUCAUUUUGUUCAGAUACUUGAUGAAUCUAUGUGUGUUGUUCGUGAAGAUCUUACGGAAUGGUUACAACGUUAUUUAUUUUCAACUGCUAAUGCUUGUCCCAUAGCUGCACAUUAUUUACUUUGUCGUUUAGCAUCAGGUCUAUGGCUUUCUAGACUAGCUUAUAAAUUACAUUAUUCAAUUUUAAAAUCAGGUUAUGAAAAUGCAAUGAAAGCAAAAACUUUAUCAACAUCAAUACAUAAAAAUAAUGAAAACAAUGAUAAUCGUUCAUAUGAAUUUUUAAGAGGUGCAGUAUCUAAUCGUGACUUAAAAAAUCUUACCCCACUGUCAUUACCAUCAUUUCCGUCUACAUUAACUGAUUGUGCUAAAUUACCACUUGGUCCAACUGAUCUUUGUUCAUUUUCAUCACCGAUUCCUACGUAUGAACAUGAUUCAGAUAUAUCAAAUUUUGAUGUGGAUUUUCCCAAAGAAAAUAUUUCCAUAAAAUCUCGUGUUGCUGAUCGUUGGAUAGCUCGUGAUAAUGUUAGUGCAUUUAUUAAAUGGUGUAAAGAUUUGGGUGUACCAGAAACAAUACUAUUUGAAACAAAUGGAUUGAUGAAUAAAACUGAAGAGAAAAAUGUUUUACUUACUCUAAUGGAAGUUGCACGUAUUGCAAGUCGUUACGGUCUCACUGACCUGCCUUAUUUAGUUCGUAUGGAACGUGAAAUCGACGAAUUGGAAGCAAAACAUUCACAAGAUCAAAGUGACAUGCAUCAUUUGUGUCAUAAUAAUAAUAAUAAUGACACAAAUAAAAAUCAUUACAGUACUCAUGGAGUGAUUAAUUUAGAAAGAAUUGAUCAUGAAAAUCGAAAGUCAAAAUCUCACAAAUCUUCUCACUUCAACUCAAUUCCUGACGAUAAACGCAUGAAUGGAAAUUCUUCUGAAAGUCAAUCAAUAGACAAAAAGAAUAAUGAUAGUGCUGUACAAACGUCUACUGAUAAUCGAGAUAUUUCUUGUGAUUAUAAUAUAUCAUUAUUAUCAAAUCAUUGUUCACAAAAUGGGGAUACUACAACUAAUACUACUACUAAUACUACUACAACCACUACUAAUGCUACGAAUACAAUCAAUUCUAACUCACAUUUAAUAAAUGCAAAUGGUAUGUAUGAUAAGAAUCAAUGUAAACUUUGUCGAAAUAAUUCUUCUCAAGUAGAUGAUCAAAAUUCUGCAUGUCCUCAUCAUUGUCACGAUACAGACAAUUCAAAUUCGGCUAAACGUUUACGAGCUUUGAAUAAUUGUUCUCUUAUGUCUUUAGAAGAUAAUAAUAAUAACAAUAAUAAUAAUGAUGAUGAUAGUUUGAACAAGGUAGUGGGGACAGAUCAAUUUGUACAACAGCAAGUGAAUAAAAAGUUGGCCCAAUGUACUUGUUGUCAUAGAUUACAUAUGCAACGUUUAGAAGAAGGACGAUAUAGACUAGGUUCACGUAUUUAUUAUUUACGCAGAUUUCGUAAUCAUGUUAUGGUUCGAGUUGGUGGAGGUUGGUUAACAUUAGACGAAUUCUUACAACGUCAUGAUCCGUGUAGACGAAGAAUUCAUUCAUGUGAUAUGGGACCAUCAGUUGUAUCCGAUGGCAUUCCUCCUAUUAAAUCGUGUUUUAAUGUCUCUAAACCAAUUCGUCGAAAUACCGAAUUUGAAAGUCCAUCUAUUUCACGGAUAAAUUCAAUGAAUCAUUUCAAUAGACAAUCGUCUAAUGGUAGCAAUAGUAGUGUGGAAAGUCCAAGAAGUGAUUCUAGUAUCAUUGACCCUGGAAUGAUAGUUAGUGAAAUUUCUAGUGGUGGAAGCAUUUCUCAUACAUCUUCAUUAAAUUCACUUAAACAGAAACAACAAAAACCUAUAACAACAACAACUCCUCUUCAUACCAUACCGAAAGCUCCUAAUCUUAGAACUGCUUCACGAUCACGUGAUUCUUCCAAGAAAAAUACCGAUUCUACAAAUAAAACGCCAAAUAAUACUACUGAUAUUUCACAUUCUCGUGCAUCCUCCGCAAAACGUACAAAUAUUCCAGUGGAUAAUAAUAAAACCAAUGUCCGAACAUCAUCACGUCCUCGUAGUAUUGUUGCAUCGAAACGUGAAGAUUCUGUAUCAAGACCUAUGAAUAUGAGAAAAGUUUCACAAUCUCGUGAAGAAGUCACAACUACACGAACUCCUUGGAGAAAUUGAUGUCCUACACUUGUAUUUGUAUUUGUUUUGUUAUGUUCUUCAUUUUAUUCAAACUCAUUUUGGUUCAUUCUAAUUUAUCAAUUGACUUAUUUAUUUAAUUUAUUUCGUUGAUUUUAUUUUGCUUCAUUUAUUGAUCGUAUCCAAUAGUAGUUACAGUUUGAUUUUUUUUCUUAUUCAACUUUUCUUUCGGUUCAAAUUGUUUCAUGCGAUAAUCUGUCCGACUCUCUCUCUCUCUGUCCAGCUUUUAUACCAUAUUAGGUACACUUGUUGUUAUUAUUUUUAUGAUGAUGAUUAUUCUUAUCGGUGUUAUUAUUUUGUUUGUUGAAAUCUUUGUACAUAUGAAAUGUUCUUUUCUUUUCUGACAACUAUUGAACUCACAUUACUGAAUCUUUUGAUGAUAUCUUUGGAAAGUACUAAUAAAAUUUUUAUAAUAUUAAGAGAUAAAAGAAGCAAAA